UUCCCUGCAGGCGCCCAAGAUAGUCAGCAGCAUCCUUGAGAGCCUGCCAUACUGCAGCACACAGGCAGCGUGGGAGAAAGCGGAGUCACUGCUUCGCCUGAUGACCAACCUGUACCCCACCACAGUGGUCAUCCUCCUGUGCAAGGCGGCUCUUCAAGGAGACAGCACUGCGCCGGAGCUGUGGGAGCUGAUGUCCUCCAUGCCGGAGACGCUGUCCAAGAUCUUGGAGGGCUUUGCCAACCUGCUGCACAGACAGUGCUUCCGCUGCUCCGCAGAAGGCCCCCGCACCCAGCCCAUGGCUGUGAGUGACCACCAAAGGCCCUGGUCCCCUCCCACCAGCCCUGCAGGCUCUGCCGGCCCCUCAUGGCUCUGUUUGCUCCUGCAGUCAUCCUCCAGGAAGGCUGAGUGGGAGGAGUUGGCUGAGGAGCCCGACCUCGAGAGCCAUCAGGGCUGUCCAAAGGUGAGGACGGCCAGGCUGCUGCUGGAAGGGCUCGUCGGGCUGUCGCAGAGAGCCGAGAUGGCCAGAAACAUUGAACUCUUCCUGCCGGGCAUGAUGAAGAUUCUGCAAGUUGGCAGCGAAGAUGCCAAGAUGAAGAUCCUGCUGGCCUUGCGAAAUGUUCUGCGUCAGCUGAAGAAGAGCAAGGCCAGCUUCAUCGCUGUGCAGCUUGUGGGGAGGCUCCUGCCCCUCUUUGACUCGGAGUGCAGCGAGCUGCGAGAGCUCUCCAUCCGCAUGCUCACAGAGCUGCUGCAGUUGGUGGUCCGCAGGGAUGAGAAGAGGAUGAGGAAGGAGGUGUGGCGAGCACUGGUGCCUCUCCUCUUCCGCAUGAGCGACCAGGUCCCCAGCGUGGCCAAGGCCUCCAGGGAAGCCCUUCUUGCUGCCGCCGAGCUGCUGAAGUGGAAGACGCUCAAGCACCUGCUGCAGAGAGAGCGGCUGUGGGAGCUUGGAGCGUGCUUGCUUCAGAACAGCAGGAGCAGGGCUGAAGACUUCAUCCACCAGAGCCUGCCCUACCUGCAGGACCCUCAGGCCAACGUGCGCCUGGCGGCCGUCAGGUUCAUCGGACUCAUCACACGGCGCCUGAGGGAGCAGACCACGGACAGUCAGGCUGACAUCCUGAGCGCACUUCAGCCCUUGGAGAGAGACUGGGACAUCUCUGUCAGCUCCCUGGCAGCUCGGACAGCCUCCAUUCUGAGGAGUCCUUUCGUGCAGCAAAGACCAAGAGGCCUCCUGCGAGCACUGCGCUGCUGCUGGCCGUGAGCCCGGCAG